AAUACGCGCAUCUCCUGUGUCUAUGAGUUUGCAUGUAAUAGCGGAGUAAACAAGUAGAGAAUUAUCCUGAAUGGGGCCCUGCUUAUCCCGGAGUGAGACGGCGAAUCGUCGGCGGCCGAAACCGAACCCGUUCCGUUCGACAUCGGUCGCGGGAGGAAGAAAUCCGUCGACUAGGAGGCAGGACGUCGUGUUUCAGGACCACGAGCUCGCCGCCGCUGCGGUGGCAAUCCUGUGCCAACGGAAGUUGCAGAACGGAGACGGCAUCGGAGAUGGCGCGACCAGCUCUGAUUGUGCUGCAUUGGCUUCCACUCUUCAGCUAUUGAGAUCGAGGACUAGGAGGAAUCAUCAGCCAUUCCUGCCGUCUCCUCGGAGUUUGAGCUCCGCGGUUCGAUCCCCUGAUCUAUUGACUCCGUCUCAACAACUCAGUAGUGAGCUGGAUGUUUGUGUUGAUGGUUUGGAGGCGAGCCAUUUUGUUCUCGUUCACGGUGGUGGUUUUGGGGCUUGGUGCUGGUAUAAAACGAUUUCACUUUUGGAAGUUGCUGGAUUUAGAGUUACCGCACUAGAUUUAAGUGGGGCUGGAGUUCAUUCCUUUGACACAAAUAGUGUUACAAGUCUCUCUCAGUAUGUCAAGCCACUUACAGAUUUUCUCAAUCAACUAGCUGAUGGAGAAAAGGUGAUCUUGGUAGGGCAUGAUUCCGGUGGUGCUUGUAUAUCAUAUGCAAUGGAGCUUUUCUCUUCAAAAGUCUCCCGAGCUGUUUUCAUUGCUGCUGCUAUGUUAACCAAUGGACAGAGUAUACUUGAUAUGUUCUCCCAAAAUCAGGCAAAGGAAAAUGAUCUGAUGAUGCAAGCUCAAAGAUUCAUUUAUGGUGAUGACAAGAAUGAUAAACCCACUGCCAUUGACCUGGACAAAUCAUUCUUGAGGGACUUGUUAUUUAACCAGAGUCCUGCUAAGGAUGUUUCUUUAGCAUCAGUGUCGAUGCGGCCAAUUCCCUUCUCCCCAAUUCUGGAGAAGCUUACAUUAUCAGAUGCUAAGUAUGGCUCUAUUAAAAGAUUUUACAUUGAAACUCCAGAGGAUAAUGCUAUCCCCAUUGCUCUACAGCAGACCAUGAUUGACCAAAGCCCUCCAGAAAAAGUUUAUCAUCUUAAAGGCGCAGAUCACUCGCCAUUUUUCUCCAAGCCUCAAUCCCUUCACAAAAUAUUGGUAGAAGUCUCAAGAAUCCCUUCAAAAACAUAAUGAGAGUUCAAUGUGAGUGUUAAGGUUCUCUUAGAAGUGUUAGAACCCUAAUGAACGCCUUCAGAUUUCUGUAAUAUUGUUUUCGGUUGGAAAAGAGGAUGAAAAGAGUAUAGAGAGAAGUGAGGUGGAAAGGAAAAACACAAAUUUUGUAUACACUGGAAAUUUUGUGUAUUUUCAUUUUGAGUCUAGCCUUCACCAGAUGAAAGAAUUUGUGUGAAUUUUCAAGUCAAAUUUCAUUUUGACCAUUUUUUUCAUGAAGUAUUGUUUCAAAGUGGGGAUGGACUGGGUCCGAGCACUCUGACCCGGGACCGGUAAUGUUUGGAUCGGUUCGAGACCGGUUUUACGUACUGGUACAAGCCCGGUACGUACCCGAACCAGCGUACAAACGGGACGGGCUCGGGCCUGAUUUUUUGAGAACGGACUAGCCGAUCCUGGGCCUGGUUCCAGUCCCAAUGGAUAUAUUGUUAUUUUUUAUUUUAAUUAGAGGGUGGGUACCAACCUGGGACUAGUAUUGUUAGGGCCCGGACCGGAACCAGUACCGGACCAGUAGCAGGCUUCAAUUAUUUAGAACUGGCACCGGCCGGGCCUAGGACCGGGAUUGACCUGGACCGGCCCGACUCCAUGCCUAUUUCAAAGUAGUCUUGAUCAAUUUGUUUUAAUUUGUAUUUCGAUUAAUAAUCUCUUACUAUUUUGAUGAAUGUGCAUUUUUCUCUUACAUAUUUACAAUUUUGAUGAAUGCGUAUUUAGGAUGAGGAAUUGAGGAUAUUUUGAUUUGGACUUAUUUCAGUCUCAGAUUAAAUUAGACCUAACUAGACCAAUUCAGGUCAAAUUAGAUUAGGAUUCGAUAGUUGUAAAAUACACAAAGAUCAGACAUUUAUCAGUCAGACUGAAUCAGAUCACAAAAUUUCAGUUCAAAAAACAUUUUUAUUACUAAUUGGCAAACAUUCAAACAUGUACGUGGAAGAUCCUGCAAGUAGUACUGAGAUAUUUAUUUCGAGAUGUAAGUAUUAUUGACUGAACUUUAGCUACGUACGAUAUGUAUUAGGGGUGGGUUCGGUUCUUGCGGUUCGGUUUUGACCUAAAACCAAAUAUAGAAUCAAAGUAAAAAGUUCGGUUCGGUUUCGGUUCGGUUUUACACUUCAAAACUUGGAACCACGGUUUGAUUGGUUCGGUUUGUUUCGAUUCGGUUUUGGUUUUUUCGGUUUUUUACCAAAAAAUAUCAUUUGAUUUAAAAUUGAUAUAAUACUUUAAGGGAUCAAACAUAUAUUACAUAAAGAAUGCAAGCACACUACAACAAAUAAAAUAAAAAUGAAAAUAAAUAAAUAUGUCAUGAAUUAUAUGAGUAUGUGAGAGAGAUAAAAGUGUGUAUAUAUAUAUAUUUACAUUGUUUGUGACUAGUUCAAAAAAAGUUCAUGAGUAUAUACAUUGUAUGUGAUAUAGUUGAGAUGAAUAUUUAUUAUUUCAUCAAUAUGAAUUCUUUAAGUUAAAUAAAAAUAAAAGUUAAUUAAUACUAAUAACUAAUAAAAACAUAUUAUCAGUAUAACUACAUUAUUACAGGCAAUGAAUGUGCAAAUGAAUUCAUAAACUAAACUAAACAUAACACAAACACUAUUUCUCUAGUACAAGGAAACCAAAGACUAUUAAUGAUAUUAGGAUUAGUUAAUUAGGAUUAAUGCUUAACAAUUGACAAAUAAAUUUUAUAUUUUAAUUAGUUCGGUUUGUUCGGUUCGAUUCGGUUUUGAAGGGUAAAAACCAAAACCGGACCAAACAACAACGGUUCAGUUCGGUUUUUUACAUUCGGUUUCGGUUUGUUAGCGGUUCGGUUUUAUUUGGCUACGGUUCGGUAUGAUUUGAUUCGGUUUUCGGUUUUCGGUUUUACGGACCCAGCCCUAAUAUGUAUAGAUACAACAUAACAAAGUGUUUAGAUUAAAUGAUGGUGGAUUUUUGUCAUUUUAACUUUACGUGAUAUUUGUCCACGUUUACAAAUAUUUUGCAAAUCUAAUGUCAUUUAUGUGUCGCUAAACGAUAUGAAUAUUUUCAAGCUACAUUACAUGAAAUAUAAAUUUUAAUAUUGAUAGUAUGUGUAAAAUAUCACUAUUAGUAGCAACGAAAAAGUAUGCGACACCGAAUUGACCAGUAUUCAUCAUCAAUUGCGCACUUGGUAGCGGAGUCUUUAAAUGUUUUUCCAUCCUUGCAAGAGUUGCAGGCUUUGCUUUCACAUGUUACAAUUAUUUUAAAUAACAUUAAUUAAAAUAAGUGAAUACCUAUGAUAUAACUUUUUUUUUGGUAAACACUACUUAACAUAAGAAAAAUGAUAGUUAUAAUAAUGAACACCUAAAUUUAAGAUUAAUAAAAUAUGGUGUGUAGGGAAAAGAUCAGGUGAGAGGAACCCUUAAAAUGAGAAGUGAGAAGUAAUCCCUGCCGUUAGAUUUGCAUCUGAUCUUACAAUGCAGUAUACUUAUAGACUAAAUAUAGGAACUUAUAACUAAUCAAUCAUAACUUAUAAAGCUCUCCAUAAUAAUUACGAAAAUGCCGCCGCGUCAAAUUUUUUAUCCAGGUUUCCGUAAUUUUUUUCCGCGCUGACAUUUUUGUAAUUAUUUUUGAGGGGUCUAUAAGUUUUGAUUUAUUGGUUAAAAGCAUUGUUCUAAAACUCGCUAGGCGCUAGUCGGGCGGUUGAGGGGCGCCUAGCGCCUAGUCGGCCGACUAGCCCGAUUUUUUGGCCGACUAGGCCGAUUCGGCCUCUACGGUUAGGGCCGACUAGGCCGCCUAGGCCGAUUAAUCAGUCCGCCUAGGCCGAUUUUUAGAACAAUGGUUAAAAGUCCAUUCAUUUAGUCUAUAAGUUUAACUUCGCAGUUCUUAGCCUAAGAGCAUUUCUCAUAUGAUCCGCUCCCUAUACAUAUGUGUGUAAAAUAAAAAACUAUGGCUAAAACAAGUUACGUAGUAUAAAUUUCUUUAAAUAUUUCAAUUCUUGUUGAUGUGUGUGAAUUUUAAAAAUAGGUUAAAUUUUAGAAUAGCUUAUGGGAUUUGAAACAUAUUGGUUUGAAAUUUUAUUAAUAACUUUAACAUUUACUUUUCAGGUUAAAACUAUUAAGAGCCUGUUUGGUAACUAAUACGGAGUAUUUUUUAACUUGCCAGUCUUAGGAUGUUUUUACUUGGACUGUAAUUUGUCCCAGACCAGACCAAACCAGACCAGUCCAGACCAGACCAGACCAGUUCAGACCAGACCAGACCAGACUUGGAUAGUUAUAAAAAUACAAAGAAACCAGACCUUACCAGACCAGACCAGUUCAGACCAGACCAGACCAGAUCAGACCAGACCAGACCAGCAAAUUACAGUCCAAGUAAAAACAUCCUUAUUAUCAGCCAUGUAUGUUUAUGAAACACACAAAUUUUAUUCUGCGCAUUAAAUAUGUGAGUUUUAAGUUACUUCUGUAAUUUAAUUGACUUAAGUUACUAUAAAAGAUCAUUAUAGCUAUUUUUCAUAAGGUUUUUUUAUUUAACAUUAAAAUAUUUUUAAAUAUAUCAUAUUUCGCAAAACAACAAUGGGAAAAUAGAAACUAAUAAUCCAACAUUUUAACAGUCUUCUUACAAUAGUCUCACAUUUUCGUUAUUCAAGAAUAAUUCAACCCUUGCACCUCAUUUUCAUUCGUCGGUCCAUGACCGGUUAAUGACCUGCUAUUCUAAGUUAUUUCUUUAUCUUUGCAAAAUAUUAUCUUUAUGAAAGGUGAAAUUUAUGGUAUAAUGGUUUGUAAAGAUAAGAAAUAACUUGGAAUAACAAGUCAUCAACUUGGAAUAACUUGUAAGACGGUCACUAAAAAAUUGGAUAAUUAAUUUCCAUUUUCCCAACAACAAAUUACUUAAGUCGACAUAGCCGACUUAUUUAAAGACUUAUUUACUUAGCUAGAGUUUCAUCUGUUUCAAUAAAUUCAACUCAUUUAAUCAAUCAAUAUGAAUGUUACUAAAUAAGUUUGAUGGAUACAAAAAUAAUAAAGUAAAGAUUAUGUGCUUAAAUUAUUAAAGACAGUGACAUAAACAAAAAAAGGAGUUUUUUUUCGAUUUAAUGUUAAUUAAAUAAUUGUUUACGAAAAUAAUGCUGGAAAAAAACUUAUUACCGAUCUACUGCUGGCCCAAACCAUGGU